AUAGUUUUUUUCAUGUGUUUAUUAGAUGUUGAUCCCUCAGUGAUAUUAUUCGAUUUCUGAUAAAUAUUGGAUAUUUGAUAGUGUAACAAACUUUGCAACAGCUGUGCAUUUAAUUUCAUUAAAUCGAGGUAUUGAUAGUGGUCGUGAUACUUUCGUUUAAUUAAGAGCAUCGAAUUCGAAGAAGAGAUAUUGAGCGUUAUUACUUACAAUUGUGGAAAGCUGUUGAUUAUUUUGCCUAAUUGUUAUGAAGAAGGUUUUUCUAUUUUGACGUCUUUAAAAGGUUGCAAAAUUGGCCAAAACCUUUGCGAAUUUGUACGACAUCGCGAAGUCGUACCACCAAAUAACACAUCAGGGUCAAAUACCAUCAGUAACGAUGGUAUUAUGUGUUCUGUUACGCAGCCGCAAAGUUGUGUCGAUAAACAAAUAUUGCAAAAGGAGGCUAGAAGAUUAAGCUGCAGUAUAAAGUAUAUCAACUUUUGACGAAAACAUAAGUGAGAUAAUUAGUGCGCGCCUACUGUGCGUUAUGUUACGACGUCUGUAUCAACAGAAUCUGCAAUGCCAUCAACAAGAAAACUUUCAAAUUGACAGGAGUUCAACGACUGAAAGCGGUACAAAUAUUAGUAAGAAAGUUGAUAUCAAAAAAUCAACAACGAAACAAGUAUUAAUUACAUCACAGAAUUCAACAUCAAAAACAAAAAGUUCUAUAAAAAAAGAAGGCAAUUAUCGACGUCACUGUGGGUAUGUACGUGAAUCUUCAACUCACUAUUCACAUCAUCAUUACUGUCAUCAAUAUCCACAAGAGCUUAAGCAACGAUCACAAACAGCUUUGAUAAAACCAACAAAUUCCUCGACGUCUUAUUUUUUACAUCGUUGGCGAAAACCUGCCCAGCCUGUAGUUGGUUCGGAAACGAAACCAAAUAUUCUGAGUAGGGUUCUGCAGGAAUUUUCGAGCAGCUCAUUAAAUAAACAUAUUGAACGAAACCGAACAAAAAACUCUGGUUUUGUAGCUAACAAAUUAAAGGUAAAAGCUAUAGUUAAUGCGUCAAGUCACUGUUCUAAGAGGGUUAUUUCAAACUAUAUCACUGAUUCUUACGAUUUUCUGCAAAAUCAUCCACCAUUCACAGUGCAAAAGCGCGUUGCAAAUAACCAAUUAUUUAGUUUGAGAUUAUCUUCAACCGAAUCUGAUACGUUUGCAUCAUUAGGAUUACUAUCAAGUAAGAGUAAGUCAACACACUCAUCAAGAACAUCAUUAACAUAUAUAGACAAUUUUUCACGGGAUGGUGCUUCUAGUAAAAUUGAACUUGUGGAUCAAUUAAAUACUUCAUCAAAGAGUCUUGUAAAGGCCAAACAAGCAUUCACCAAUUUUACUCACUUUAAGUUCAACCAAAGAGAUAAGGAUUUGAUAAGCGUAAAUAACAAUGGAAAGAAUUGUUUUACUGUGAGUAAAAGAAAAGCAGAUAACAUUAUGGAUGACAUAAAAAAAAAGGAAACUUCAUCAAAUUCUGCGACACGACGUCUAGGUACUAUUUCAUUUGAAGAUAGCAAAGAGAAAUCUACUAAGAUGACCCAAAAAUCAAACUUGAAUUUGGAUCGAUCACAAAGAAAUUCCGGAAGGGAAGCACUUUCCUCUGGGCUUCUUAUGUCAUCAUGCUCCGACACAGCGCUGCUAACACCACCAAAUUGUCAAAAGUAUAACAAUCCAAUGCGUUUUAUUAGAAAAAAUGUCGAUCAGUCUUCGAGAAAUAUUAACACAAAUUACCUUGAGUUCGAAACGGAGUUUCCCCGUGAUUACGAUGAUAAUAUCGAGAUGCUAUCAAGGGAGGCGGAACAUUUAGAAAACCAGUUCCGUACUCCUACCCGCACAAGUAACUCAGAAGUCAAAAUAACCAUCCCCCAUAAUAUAAAAAGAGACGAAAUAAUAGACUCCGAUCCACAUGCUCUUCAAGUAAAUACUGUUGUAACAACUUCUACCGGAAAGCGUGUAGGAUUUAAAGUAGAAGAAAAAAUUGAGGAACACAUUGCCGAAAGUAGUAUUCUACAAAAGGCUACUUUAAAAAACGCUGGACGUGCCAGUUUUGAAGAUAUAGUCCCUGUUGCAGUCACUAUACCAAUCACGACGGAUGUGGUAUCUUCGAGCAAUUCCAAAACUACAACUUCUACCCAAUCGACUCUAUCCUCUUCGAAAAGUUCUUGCAAAGAUGAUGACGAUGAACCAGUUGCUAUGUCACCGUGUGGACGUUUUUUUAAGUACGACAAGGAAGUAGGGCGUGGCUCAUUUAAAACUGUCUAUCGAGGAUUGGAUACAGAAACUGGAGUAGCGGUUGCAUGGUGUGAAUUAUUGGACAAGCAAGUUAAAAAGAGUGAACGUAUGAGGUUUCGUGAAGAGGCAGACAUGCUGAAGAAAUUGCAACACCCCAAUAUUGUACGUUUCUACACGUACUGGGAAAACUCGGUGUCACGAAAAAAGAAUAUUGUUCUAGUCACAGAAUUAAUGCUUUCAGGAACUUUAAAAUCAUACCUAAAACGAUUCAAGAAGAUAAACCCUAAAGUUUUGAAGUCUUGGUGCAGACAAAUUUUGAAAGGAUUACAUUUUCUACAUACUCGUCCUUUACCUAUAAUUCAUCGUGAUUUGAAAUGUGAUAAUAUAUUUAUAACAGGAACAACUGGUAGUGUAAAAAUAGGAGAUUUGGGACUAGCAACAUUAAAAAAUCGUUCGCACGCCAAAUCUGUGAUUGGAACUCCCGAAUUCAUGGCACCAGAAAUGUACGAGGAACAUUAUGACGAAUCAGUAGAUGUUUACGCUUUCGGCAUGUGCAUGUUGGAAAUGGCUGUGUCCGAAUAUCCAUACAGCGAGUGUAAAGGUCCUGCACAGAUAUACAAGAAAGUGAUUUCUGGAAUUAAACCUGCAGCAUUAUCCAAAGUGGAAGACCCGAAAGUGCGUGAGAUUAUUGAGAAAUGUAUAGAACUCAAAAAGGAGGACAGGCCCAGUUGUAAGGAUCUUCUAAACUCAGAGUUUUUUGAAGAAGAUAUAGGUAUUCGUGUAGAGCCAACUGCUACUGAAGCAUUUUUAAGUAACCCCGAAAAUAACAUAAUUGAGUUUCGGCUUCGGUUUCUUGAUCCUAAAAAACGAUCAUCUAAGCACAAAGAAAAUGAGGCUAUUCAAUUUGAAUAUGAUAUAAAAAUCGACGAUUGUGAACAAAUAUGUCAUGAUAUGACCAAAGAAAAUAUAAUUACAGAAGAAGAUUCUCGUGCUGUUGUUCGAAUGUUGAAAGUGCAAGUUUUUUCACUACUGAAAGAACGAAUGCAAAGGCAAACUCAAUUGCAAUUGCAAAACGAGAAAUCGCGAUUGGAAAAGUUAGCAUUGCAAAAACAACGUGCGAUGUUGGGUCAAAAUGUUGAAGAGGAGGAAGAGGAAGAUGAAGAGGCUGAAUCAGAAGAAGAGGAUGAAAAUUUGAAGGCAAGAUCUGAAAAUGUUAUUGACAUAGUUCCAAAUUUUACCACAGAUUCAGCUAAAAAGACUGAUAAAGAACAUUUAGCUGACAUAUCUGUGAGUGUUCCAUUCCAACAACAGACUUCAUCUGGACAGGCAGUGGAACAGCAGCCUAUUUUACAGCAAAAUUUUUACUCUAAUAAUGGACAAAUGAUGCCAACACAGUCAGUAAUAUCUUCAGGAGCAAUACAACCUACAGUUCAUUUCGUCCCACAACCUCAAAUGGCAUCUUUUCAGAAUUCCACAACACCUAUUCAGGAUAUUUCAGCCAUACAAAUCAUUUCUCCUACCAAAGGAAAUUUGCCAUUUAAUAACUCAAGUCAAAGUUAUAUCAACCAGCAAGUUUCGAUCUCUAUGUCAAAACCAGUUCUUUCGGUGCCAGUUUCUAAUACAGUUCCGUUUCCUGUCGUAACAUCACAAUCAAUGCAACAGAUGGUACAUCAACAGAUGACACAACCAUUGUUACAACAACAACAAUCGCAAUUGGUGCAACAACAGAGAGGAACGAAUCAACAAGUGACUCAACAGCCUAUAAUAACACAACAACUAAGCCAAACGAAUACCUCUCAAAUUCAACAGCAACAUCUAAAUCAACAAACGCAAGCAUCCCACCAGCAGCAAAUACCCCAACAAGUUGUAAAUCAACAACAAUUUCCAAAUCAAAAUCAGUUAAUACCACAGCAAAUACCUUCACAACAAGCAACCCAGCAGAAUCAGACAAGUCUUCAGCAGUCAAUACAACAACUAAAUCAACAGGUGCCAAAUCAGCAACAAGUUAAUCAUAGUCAUCAAUUAUGCCAGCAGCAGGGUACACUUCCACACCAAGACUCUCAGCAACAUCAACUAACUUCGCAACAACAAUUUUCUCAACAGACCGCUAGUAAUAUAAACCAGAUAAAUAAUCAGCAGUCGCAAAGGACUGUUCAACAGUCAUCUACUACGACAUUUGGGCCUCAAACAACCGCUCAGCAGCCAACAGUUUAUCAACAGUUAGUGUACACGCAACAACUGCCAAACACACCACAUGUGCAACCAAAAUCGGGAAUUCAACAAAUUUCUACGAUAACGCCAUCAGUUACUCAAUCUUCCCCUACAUUAACACCACAAAAAAUUGCUUCUGAGACUCUCGCUACUAACAUUUCGAACCUUCUACCAGACUCUACUGCAAAUAAUAGUGCACCGCCUCAAACAAAAAAUACAAGUUCAAGUUUAAGCACUGCAAAACCGAACAAUAAUACUCAAAUUUCUCACGAAGAAAAGCAAGGAGUUCGCGCGCCAAAGACGCGAAGAUCUAAUCGGAGCAGCAAUGAACGUGUGCCAAAGCUCAGUGUUACAGGUAUAGAACACGGUACUCUCAUAAACUGCCAUAUGGAAAACAAACCCAAAACAAUAACGUUCAAAUUCGAUAUACGCGAUGUGAAUCCAACUGAAAUUGCUAACAAGCUGAUUGCUCAAAAUUUGUUGUCAAAGUAUCAAUCAGUGGUAUUCGCGGAAAUGAUCAAUGACAUUAUACAACAAGUUGAGUUAAAUCCCGGUCAGAUACCCGUCCCAACAUAUUGUCGUAACAUGGAAAAGGUCCGUCAUGCGUCUUUAACUCGUCAACGCUCAGCAUUCAGAACUCAUCAAAGGCAUAGAUCACGUGAUGAGACUUCGAGUGAUAUAUCUAAAAUGUUUGAACCUACUAUACUGACUGCGGAGCCACUUUCUUCAAAUGUUGGCUCUUUCGUAGUUGCUAAAAGCAAUACCAUGCCAUCAACUAUAACAAGUUUGGAAAUUUCGAACGAAGAGACAGCAGAUCAAGACACCUCAUUUUCGCCGGGAACGAUAAGUUCGGGAAAUCUUAAUUUGACCACAAUCGUUACUGCAGCAACGGCAUCUAUGUCUUCAUCUACUACAACGUCAGAUACCGCCAACAACAGUAGUGACAAUGUAAUACGAUCUGCAUCAGCGUCUCGCAAAACAAGUACAGCAUCUGAAUACACAUCUCUGUCAUCUGAUUAUACUCCUGAUAACACAAUUACGUCGUCAACAUCAGCUUUCGCAAUGGAAAACCCACCAAAUGAUACCAAUGAUGAAGUCGAAAUAUGUGGCGAGAUAUUAACUUCGCCCCCUCAGUCUAUAGCAGAUGUUGCAGUGUCCAAUACCUUAGGUAUCACAGUUACGUCAAAUGCGGUUUCACCUUUGAAAAUACCGGAAAAUCAAAAAGAUUCCGAUGAAACAUCUGAUGGCACUGGACAAUUUACUGAAGCAGAAUGUGCAACAUACAUACAAACAACAAGUAAGAUCAAUGACAAAGAACUGGGGCAUGAUAAUAUUAAUGAUCAAGGGCAAAGAUCCAUUGGUGCUACAGCAGUUAUGCCUCCAGUAUGUGCAGCUAGAAAGAUAUCACGUUUUCUUGUAAAUCCUGUUAUUACCUCCUGUGGGGAUGGAACAUUAGAAGUAACUACAACAUCACUAGCUAACCAAAAGAGACAUACUUCUAUGGUCGUGAAAACCGAUGAGGGUAUAGGGGACUCACAAGAUAAAAUUCCUCAUUCAUCCACCGAAAUCCAAGAAGAUAAUCAAAGUGUUAUUCUGGAUUUAAGUGAUAGUACAAUUGUAACAGAAGCAAGUACUGAUAAUUUGUCGAACAUAAGUACCUCAGCUUUGAUAACUGCAGCACCACUAUCUUUGGCAUCUACCAAUAUCGUUUCGUCACCGUCAAUAUUAUCAGCCGUUGGUUCCAAUAACACUUUGGAACAAUUGAAAAUCGAAUUAGAAAAUAUAACACACGCUCAUGCUUUCGCAAAUUCUGUUGUAGCUUCACUUAAUAACACUACAGAUCAAAAUCAACAGCAGUCAACAACGCAAGCACCUCUUACGGCGCUAACAACGGCACCAACGUCGUCACAGCAACAACAUCAAGACGAGAUAAAUAAACAAUCGCCGAUAACAUCCGCUCAAUCACUUGGUCGAAGUACUCCAACAGGAUUUUUAAAUUCUGCUCGUGGUUCAUCUGUCUAUAACUCUCGUCGCACAUCGCUUGACAUAAGUGGUGGUUCCGAUUUCCAGCAUCUUACAACAAAUGUAAUUGAAGGAUUGGAAUCCUCGUACCAAGUUCCUGGCACUAAUGUACGCAGUAGUAGUGGAGCUGCUUCGUGCACAUCCGCUCACACCCCUAUAGAUCCAAACUCCGAAGUUGGCGGUGCAGGUGGUAGUGCAUCAAGUAUAAGUGCUGGCGCUGGAUAUAUCGAGUUUAAUACAGGCAAUCGCCAAGCUGGUGGACUUAGCAAAAGUUCACUAGCAGAUUUGGAGAAAAAACUGGCUGCUUUACGACACGUCGACGUGGUAGAUGAGAUAAAAGCUGUCACACCAGUCCAAUGUACAAAUACUAAAGUAUCAGAAGACCAACGUAGUUCGAGGAAAAUAUCGCGUUUUAGUGUUAGCAGAGUGCCAGAACAGAAAAGUGGAGGCGGUAUUGGUAAUGGGAAUUUAUCUGAUGCACCGACGACUCCACCGAUUAAUGCGGAACCACAACAACUACGUAUCGAUUUGCAGACAAUCGCCCAACAAACAUUCAAUCAAACUAAGAGCGAUAUCACAAAUACACCAACCGAAAUUACACACAUACCUGGUCAAUAUAUUGCUAUAAAUAAUGCUAAUUCCAAUCAACCAAUUAUUUAUCCACAAACAUUGCAACAACAAAAUUCCACUCAGGUUCAAAAUGUACAACCUGCUCAGUCAUACACGCAGACACAAAUUAAUACUCAGGUAUUACAACAACAACAAUUUUUGCAACAAUUGUUAUUGCAGAAGCGGUCAGCUACCCCAACAUUACAACUACCGCAUUUGUUUCAUCAAAACUUUAAUCAAGUACAACCAAAUAUAGCACAACAGCAAGUUAUUCAACAACAUGCGUCACAGAUUAACCAGCCAAAUAUACCGCAUCAGCAGCAAUCUACAAUUUUGCAACAGCAGCAACAACAACUUUCCCAACAGAGUCAAACUCAGCAGAAACCUAUACAGUUGCCUAAUUCAAACUCACACGUUCAGAAUGUUCAAAUUCAAAAUCAUUCCCAUAUUCAAAACCAGCAAAAUAAGAAUCCACAACCAGUUCAGUUACAACAAGUUACUAACCAAUCGCAGCUUCAAAUUCAACAGGCUCAUAGCCAGCAAUCAGUUCAGAAUCAGCAAGCAUUUCAAACCCAACAACAAAUUCAAGUGGUACACGUUCACAACCAGCAACAUACUCCCAUUCAACAGCAAAUACAAAAUCAAUUGCAAAGCCAAAAUCCAAUUCAGCAGCAGCCACCAUCUGUUACAAGGCCCCAGCAUCGGCAAUCCCAAAAUCUAAUGCAACAAACGAACCAACAGCAUAUUGUCGUAACCCAACACUCGCAGACACCUUAUCCGAGUAGCGAAAUUUCAGACACCCCUGUGCUUAUGCCUGUCUCAAAUGAAGAGCCUGUUUCCCUUGCCGCUACUCAUCCACAAUUACUACCUACUGUAAUUCAAUCUGAUAUCAAACACAACUUAGACUCUUUGGUAAAUCAGCUGUGUAAUUUGCGACUAAGAACUAAUCAGCAUCAACGACUGCUGUUACUGAGACAACGUCAACUUAUUGAAGAAGACGAGUUGCGUUUGAAGCAUUACGUUGAGUACGAAAAAUUUCAGAAAGCGUUGCGUCAAUCUGGAGAAACACAACCUCAGGUAUUAUACGUACAACCAACAACAUCCCAGCACGGGUUUCUGAAUUUGGGCGGAGGAAACUUUCUGCACCAAAUAAAUGAAGUAAAACCUAUUACGAAUAUACAAUCAGCCUACGCAGUAGGAAUAAACCAAACACAACCGCUUCAACAGCAAAUUCCUUCACAAAUGCAGCAACAACAAGCACAAUCACAACAGUCUAUUCAAAUGGGCCAAUUUUCAAACCAAACAGCUGUAACUUCUACAACUUCGUGCGGUAGUAUCAACCAAGAACAACAAGCUCUGCAACAACAGCAAAUUCAAAAGAUACUGCCUCAAGUAUUGGCCAAUAGUGGAAACAAUAUACAAUGCAUGUCACAUAUUACGGAUGGUUCUUUGGCAACGUUGAUACACGUUCUUUCCCAAAUUAACUCUAAUCCCGAAAGAACUCCGGAAAUGGUAGUGAAAGCUAAUAACGCUGAGGACAAGCUACCUUCGAUACAAAACACAUACUUGUUUUAAAUAACAAACACAGCUGUGAUGUUACUAUAUGUCCCGAUUCAAAUACCACUGACGUAAAAAAAACAUGUGAAUGUCCAGUAGAAACCGAACUCAAACUGAAGAAACCUUUGUAGUAAUAAACAUUUGAUUUCAAGUCCAAUCAUUCUCUUUUAAUUAAAAUACUUAGGAAAUAACAGAAAA